UAUACGACAAUUCACUUUGCAUAAUUCAAGACGGCUCAGACGUCUUGAAAUCACCAAUUCUCCCUUGACAACGCAUUUAGGCACUCUUGCUGUUCCUGCACCACCAACCACACCACAGUGCUUCCGACUCUUCCACCAGCACGAGCAAUAAACACGAGCAAGAAAGAGCACUUUCACCUCAGCAACCCGUCAAAAUGACGCUUUAUUAUACUCUCGUAAGUCUCAAUCAUUCCUUUCGACCUAAUUUCAUCAGAUCUACCGAGAAGAUCUGUCGAAAUUAUGGCCAUGAUUACUAUGAUGGAUUUGCUAAUGAUAGAUAAUCAGGUCUUCGUGCUCCUAGUAGCCGAGAUGUCUCUCUUCAUGCUACUGGUUGUUCCGAUGCCAUUUACGGUUCGCCGCAAGAUGUUCACAUUCCUCUCGGAAAAUCCGGUGAUAGCCAAAUUACAGUAUUGGCUUAAGAUCACUUUCGUGUUCAUCCUCAUCCUGUUCCUCGACAGCGUUAACCGCGUCUACCGUGUACAACUCGAGCUAGCUGCCGCUACUGAUUCAAAACAGGGCACGGCAGCGGUUAUGGGUCACGAGCGCCUUGAAGUCCAAGCCCGCAAAUUUUACAGCCAGCGCAACAUGUAUCUCUGCGGUUUCACUUUAUUCCUGUCUCUAAUCCUCAACCGCACCUACACGAUGAUUCUCGAAGUGCUCCGCCUCGAAGAGAAGGUCAAGCAGUACGAAGGAACAGACCGCAAGACCAAGGAUGCCGAGAAGUUGGCUACGGCUGGUAAGCCCGGUGAGAUCGCCCGUCUGAGACUCGACCUUGAGAAGAAAGAUCGCGAUAUCGAGGCACUUAAGAAACAAGCCGAGGGACUUUCUCGCGAAUACCACGAUCUCUGCGAGAAGUACGGCGAGACACAGCCCCCUGCCGGUACCCGUAAGGAUAAAUAGGUCUUGUCUAUUGUCCGUACACCGCUACAAGGCUCGAGCCGAGCGACGAAAU